AUGACACUAAGGAAGAAGCUUAAUUUGAAGCUGUCCAAGAAAUAUUAUGGGCAUUUCAAGGUGAUUGAGAGGCUAGGAGAUGUGGCAUAUAGGUUGGAACUUCCUUCCACAUCAAAAUUACACCUGGUUUUUCAUGUGAUCGUGUUAAAAAAGGGAGUUGGUGACCCUAAGCUCAUUGUGGAAGAGUUGCCAAAGUUUGAUGAAGAGGGGAUGAUGUUUUUGCAAUCAAAGGAAGCACUUGAUUAUAGAGUGAACACACGAGGAAGAAAGAGGAGAAAGAUGUGGCAAGUAUUGAUCCAAUGGGGUGGAGUGCCGAGAGAAGAAGCCACUUGGGAAGACUAUGAGGAUAUGGUGUCGAAGUUUCCUCAAUUUAUCCUUGAGGGCAAGGAUGUGCUUGAAGGGAGGGGGAAUGUUAGACCCUCGAGAAAAGUUACCCCGGGACAAGCCUCGACACACUCACUGACAUGCCUAGUCGACCCCCAUGGUGAGCCAUCAGCAUGCCAUGGCCCAUGCCAUGGCAAGCCCACGGACCAGCCAGCCAACAGCUCGGCCAUGGUGAGGCUGUUGGCCUCCCCUUGGUGCCGCACAGCAUGCACCAGCAUGUUGGCAAGGUUAGUGGGCUAG